UUAUAUUUUUUUUUAUUGAUUAGUUUUGAAAAAAAACAAUGAAUAAUAGUGCCGGUAAUGAUUUUCGUCGUCGUUGGGAUCGUGAUGAAUAUGAACGUAAAGCACAGGAACGAUUACAGAAGAAUAAAAGAAAAAAUCCUGAUGAUGAUAAAAAUGAUGACCAAAAAAAUUUGGAUAAUGAAAUCGAUGGUGAUGAUGAUGAUGAUGAUGAUGAUAAACAAUCGGAACAAAUAGCGGCUAAAAAACGUGAAAAUCUUAAAGCACGUUCAUUUAAAGUUGAUCUGGAAUCAAAAUUGGGCAAAACAGUUGUCAUAUCGAAAGCAACACCAUCAUCACAAGCUGGUGGCUAUCAUUGUCCGGUUUGUGAUUGUGUUGUAAAAGAUUCAAUUAAUUAUUUGGACCAUAUAAAUGGUAAAAAACAUCAAAAAAAUCUUGGUAUGAAUAUGCGUAUAUCACGUAGUACAUUGGACGAUGUUAAAGAACGUUUUCAAAUGAAAUUAAAGGAGAAAAUGGAAAAGAAAAAUGAAUAUGAUAUUGAAGAGAAAAUGAAAGAAUUACGUGAAGAAGAAGAAAAAUUGAAAGCAUAUCGUAAACAGAAACGUAAAGAACGACAACAACAACAAGAACAACAGCAAAAGAAAAAAUCCGAUGGCGAUGAUGAUGAUCACGAUGAAAUGGCAUCAAUGAUGGGUUUUGCAUCAUUUGGUUCAACAUCGAAAAAGAAAUGACAAAAUGAUCAUUCAUCAUACAUAUUCGAACAGUUCUUAUUUUGUAAAAGAAAAAUUUCACUCAUUUAUUUGUAAAUUUUCAAUUCAUUUUAAUAAAUUCUUUUCAUUUUU